AUGAAGGAGCAGCUUGAAAAGAUUCAGCAAAAUAUGUUGGACAAAAUGAUGGAAUCUCAGGGGAAUAUGAUGGCUAAGUUGACUCAGUUACUGACUGAAAGAAUUGAUAAAGGAAAAAGCUCUGUGCUUAAUGUUGAAGAAGGAGACAGUGAGGGACCUGUUUAUCCCCCAGGCUUUACCCUUCAGCAUGUUGAAGUGAACAAUUCCCAGAAGCUUGCAGUGCUUGAGAAAAUUAGUGAUCUUAGAUCUGUCAAAAAACAAUCUAUCAGUAACAAUCUCUCUGGUGAGCUUUCUUCAGUCUUGCAGAACUGCUCUAGGUUGUUCUCCAUUGAUCUCGGAGAAAAUCGAUUUUCUGGCACCAUUCCAGACUUAGUUUCAGCUCAUCUGUUCAGUUUAACCUACUUGGGAUUACGAGCCAACUUCUUGAGAGGCAACAUUCCUGAACAACUCUGUGAAUUUCCUUCUCUUCACAUCAUAGAUCUUGCUCAAAACAAGUUAUCAGGGACCAUCCCCAAAUGCUUGGGCAACUUGAAAACUUUUACUUACCUGGGUCCUUAUUUCGAUGAACUACCCUCAACUCUGCAUAUAGAAUUCCGUGAGCAUGUGGAGAUUGUCUCAAAAGGUAGACAAACUGAAUACACAAAGAUAAUUCCACUGCUCAAUGUCAUAGAUCUAUCGGCCGAUGAUUUAAAAGGAGAGAUACCAGAUCAUAUAACAAAGCUCUCAGCAUUGUUCACUCUGAAUUUGUCGUGGAACCAUUUGAGUGGGAAGAUACCGGAGAACAUUGGGAACUUACAACGGUUGGAGAGUCUUGAUCUCUCACACAACAAUCUUUCAGGCCCAAUUCCUCCUAGCAUGAUCUCAAUGACUUUCUUGAACUAUUUGAAUCUGUCGUUCAACAAGUUAUGGGGCCAAAUCCCAACAGGAAACCCAGAGCUUUGCGGUCCUCCAUUAUCAAGCAGUUGUUCAACGCCGACCAAUGGAGAUGGAGAAGAUGAAAAUGGAGACUCAGAAAGUGAAGUGGAGAAGUUUGGGUUUUAUGUAAGCAUGGGAGUGGGAUUCGCCAUAGGAUUUUGGGUUGUUUGUGGGAGUUUGAUUGAUGUAGUAGACGGGACGAGAAGUAGAAGCUUUCGCUACGAAGAUUACAAUAAUCGAAGAGCGUUUUUGCGGAGCUAUCCUCUUCAAUGGGGUGAAGACGAAGAUGAACAAGAAAGAGUGACGGCAACCAAAGAAUGCAGUACUGAGAAAAAGCCUAUAAAGAAGUUCAUGCAAUCUGUAUAUCAUUGGAGUGGGGAAAAGGUUGUGGUUUUGAGGAGAUUCAAGGAUAAGCUAGCUGUUUAUGUUGUUGCCUGUCUUCCAAUCCGCUUUAAGUCACCUCUAUUGCCCUAA